CAGGAAGCAGGGCUGGCUACCACAACCACCACAGCUAGUUUGCUAGCUCCUUGGAAACUGGUCUCAUUUAACUAUCCAGUCUAGAUUGUGUUUGCAAGAUGUCAGAGCCCCCCACACGUGUGCUGGAGCUGAAGCCUGCAGGGCACUGGGACUCCAAGCUCUUCAAGCUCAAGACAGGCUGGGUACUCCGCUUCACUGUUGCCCCAUGUCUCUACGCCACUGAUGUCAAGCUCUACACCAACUACCCCGCUCCUGGGACCCUCUACAAAAGAGAGCAAAUGAGAGAGCUGCAAUGGCAAUACUCUGCUAGAAAACCAACUUGGGACCCUGACCGAUUCGUUGACAUCACACUCGACUAUGCUGGGCCAUAUCGCUUCGAGUACAAGAAGGGCGAUUCUACCAAGCCCGGAGAUGAGGUUCUAGAAGGAAGCGGAUAUUUUGUUGUGGAUCCAGAUUUGGGAUAUAGUCCAGACGGUGUGUCAUGUCAGACGUAUAUCACCAAGUUACUAGGCCCGAUGACCCAAUGGAAGGAACGUCUUCAAGUAGCCAAGGAAGCGGGUUAUAACAUGGUCCACUUGACACCCAUCAACCAACUAGGCAGCUCCCGUAGUGCCUAUUCCAUCUCCAACCAGCUAAGGAUAGACUCCUCCUACCUUCCAACCGGUUAUACCUCCUCCGAGUCUAAAGCCACUUUCAAGAAUUGCGAGGGAGCUACAAAAUCAUUCAACGUUGAAUCUUCGUUCCUUAAAGUACACGAGCUGGUGAAAUCGAUUAAUCGUGAUUGGGGCAUGUUGAGUCUUGUCGAUGUAGUCUGGAACCACACCUCUUUUGACACCCCCUGGCUACUACAGCAUCCCGAGGCUGGCUACAAUCUUGUCAACUCUCCCCACCUACGACCUGCAUAUGCUCUCGACCUUGCACUUGCUAACUUCUCGCGGGAAAUCGCCGAAGGUGAAUGGGAAAAGUUUGGAAUUCGACCGGAAAUUCGUUCGGAAGGAGAUGUGCGAAAUAUCUGUACUCGACUUCGAGAGACGGUGUUCCCACGGGCAGAGCUGUGGCAGCACUACUGUGUGGACGUUGAGGCCGUUGUGGAGGAAUUCCGGUCGACAGUGUAUCGUCUGAAUGGUGGCAACCAUCCACGCCCCGAGGGCAAGUGGAUGAGCGUGGUCCAGGACUCACAGUAUCGGAGGCUGGGUUCAGGGGUCGAUAUUGACCUCACUCUGGAGCUAUUCAAUGUCGACUGGCCAGGUGUGGUUUGCUUUGAGGAGCGCAUUGAGCGAUGCAGCACAGACCUGAGGGAGACACUGCGCUGUCUGAAUGCGGACAUAACGGAGAAGGUGAAUCGUCGACUAGAGAGUGCUAUUUCCAAUCUAGCUGCCAACAUCCGAUACCUCUAUCUCGAGGGUCAUGGCCCUAAGAAGCAGAAGGUUACUAAAGAAGACCCUCUCUUCCCAAGGUACUUCUACAUGGUUGGAGGUGGUGUGGACUUAGCCCCGGGGGAGAUUGAGGGAACGAGGGGACAGUACGUACUGGCACACAAUGGCUGGGUCAUGGACGCUGACCCACUCGUCAAUUUUGCUGCAGAGGGGUCCCAGGUGUACUUCAAGCGUGAGCUGAUUGUGUGGGGUGAUUCCAUCAAGCUACGCUAUGGUGAUAAACCAGAGGACUCUCCAUGGCUCUGGGAACAAAUGAAACAGUACACGCAAACCAUGGCGUGGAUAUUCGAUGGAUUUAGACUCGACAAUUGUCACAACACACCACUCAAAGUGGCCGAGGGACUACUGGACGCAGCCCGAGAAGUGAACCCCAACCUCUAUCUGGUUGCAGAGUUGUUCACUCCGAGUGAGGAGAAGGACAAUUAUUUUGUCAACAGACUUGGUAUCAACUCUCUCGUCAGAGAGGCCAUGUUUGCCCCGUGUGCGCGUGAGCUGGGUCGCCUCGUGUUCAAGUACGGAGGAGAACCUGUCGCUAGUUUCCUGCCCCCUCCGUCCAAUCACGUGCUCAAGCCCACCACCACUAAUGCCAUGUUUAUGGACGCCACCCACGACAACGACCCCGGGCACAUUCUGUCUCGCUCUGUGUACGAUGCCCUGCCCAACACUGCCCUGGUAGCCAUUGCCUCCUGUGCCAGUGGUGGUACUCGAGGCUAUGACGAGCUGGUCCCUCACAUGAUCAAUGUGGUGACAGAGAGUAGGCCCUAUCCCAAGUGGACAGCCACACCCACCCCUGGGGCAGUGAGUGCUCACACUGGUAUCGUACAAGCCAAGGCAGAGCUCAACAAGCUGCACAUACAGCUAGCCGACCAGGGAUUCAAUCAGAUCUACGUUGACCAGGUGACGGAGGAGAUCGUGGCCGUGACCCGCCACUCCCCCCAAUCCCACCAAUCAGUGAUCCUCAUGGCACACACGGCCUUCCACUCGCCAGAGGACUGGGCCACGCCCACUGAGACACGCCCACACACCCACUGGGCACACGUACCACCACUAACAGUGCCAGGUCUAGUCAAGGAGGUGGUGCUGGAGGCAAGGCUUGUGAAACGUUCUCCAGACACUGACACAUUUGAGAGGGACCCUGCCACUAUCAAUGGACUGGAAUCCCACGUCCUGGACAUGAGGACGCAUAUACAGCUGGAGGAGUCUCAGUUCUGCAGCCUCAGGACUAGCGGGGAUAACGGGAACACGCAGGAGGUGGUGUUCACUGAGUUCCCUCCUGGCAGUAUCAUAGCAUUCAGAGUGUCUCUUGUCCCUGAAGCCAACUCGGCCAUCAAGAUUAUUCGCUCGUUUCUUACUGGCUCCAACGAGAGCCCCGAGGGUUACCUCACCCGUCAACGUGUCGACAAAACCGUUACCAAACUUGACCUUUUCGACCUCAACUACGCCCUCUAUCGCUGUGACGCUGAGGAACGUGACGACGGACAAGGGGGUGGAGUUUACGAGGUCCCAGGAGCGGGAAAACUGGUCUACAGUGGUCUCCAGGGUAUCAUGUCCAUGAUGACGUGGGUACGAGAUAAUAAUGAUCUGGGGCAUCCCCUUUGCUGUAACCUGAGGGACGGUGACUGGAUGGCGGGCUACACUGCUAACAGGCUCAAGCUGAGACCCGGGACAAAGCAGCUUGGUGAGUUGCUGGCAAGCUUGUUCCAUGAGCUCUCCAAGAUUCCUCGCUAUCUCAUCCCCUGCUACUUUGAUGCCAUUGUCAGCAAUAUACACUCACUACUACUGAAGUCUGCCAUCAGCAAGAUGGGCAAGUUUGUCCAGGAGGGCAGCUCAUUGGUCCAGGGGCUUGCUCUCGGCUCGGUACAGCUGUAUGGAGAGUGUCACUCCGCCAUCCUGCCUGCCUCCUCCCCCUCAGACACACCCAGUGCCUCUAUGGCUGCAGGGCUCCCACACUUUGCCACCGGUUUCAUGCGCUGUUGGGGACGGGACACGUUUAUCUCUCUCCGGGGACUUCUACUCGUGACCAGUCGAUUCGAAGAGGCUCGAGACAAUCUGCUGUCAUUUGGAGCGUGUGUACGCCACGGCUUGAUUCCAAAUCUGCUCAACGGUGGCUCCAAUCCUCGCUAUAACUGUCGGGAUGCUCCCUGGUGGUGGUUGCAGUCCAUACAAGACUACUGCACUAUGGCUCCCGAAGGAACCAAGAUCUUGCAAGCCGACGUCCGAAAGUUGUAUCGGGACGAAGAUGCCCCACCUGAUUUCGACUCACCUGACGUAUGCCCUCUUUCGGAGAUUGUCCAAGAUGUUAUUACAUCGCACGUGCUCGGUAUUAGUUUCCGUGAGCGUGGAGCGGGGACUAAUUUGGAUCGUGAUAUGUCACCGCCUGGGUUCAACGUACAGGCAGGUGUGGAUGGCGCAAGUGGGUUUGUGUAUGGAGGAAAUGUCCAUAACUGUGGAACAUGGAUGGAUAAACUGGGAGAAUCCUCAUGGGCAGGCAACAAGGGUGUGCCCGCCACUUCAAGGGAUGGAUCUGCUGUGGAGUUGGUUGGUCUGUGUUACUCUGCUGUGAGCUGGUUGUCUCGAGUGUUUAGUCAGGGAGUGUACCCAUACUCUGGAGUGAAGCUACUCUCAGAGGAAGGAGUUCCUCCACAAAGGCUCUCCUUUCAAGAGUGGACCAAGUCCAUCAAGAUCAACUUUGAGAAGCGGUUCUGGAUCCCAGAGGACCUCGCCUUGGCUCAAGAGAGAGAGGGAGAUGGCAGCGGCUUCAUCCAUCGCAGGGGAAUCUUCAAGGACAUUGUCGGAUCCACUCAACGAUACUCGGAUUAUCGCCUCAGGCCUAAUUUCCCCAUUGCUAUGGUGGUGGCCCCAGAUCUGUUCACACCUGGUAAUGCUUGGACUGCUCUGGGCAUGGUGGAGGAGACUCUGUUAGGGCCACUAGGGGUCAAGACGCUGGACCCUCAUGACCUUGUGUACAAUGGCUACUACAUCAACUCCGUCGACUCUGGAGACUUCAAUAGUGCCAAGGGAUUCAACUACCAUCAAGGCCCGGAGUGGCUAUGGGUGAUUGGCUACUUCCUACGAGCAAGGCUCCACUUUGCCCAUCGAAACGGGUUCCUCCUUGAAGAGACUAUCUCAUUCAUCCACUCAGUGCUCAGCUCCCAUGCCCAGGCUCUGAGGGACUCCCCGUGGAAGGGACUGCCAGAGCUGACCAACAAAGAUGGAUCGGAGUGCCCUGACUCCUGCCCCAUCCAAGCCUGGUCAAUGGCCACUCUGCUAGACGUGCUCCAUGACCUGGAGCAGUACAGCAAUUAACUAACUAACUCUUUGUUAAUUUUGAACUAUAGUUGUGUAGAUUGUAAGAUUCGUAGUAUAUAUUAUAUCAAUGGACAUUUUAGCAUCAUUUCUACUAAUUAUACUGAUAUAGUGAAAUUUCUAGAAGUUUCAAUUUAUUCCCUAUUCAAUAAACAUUUUUUCGUUACA